ACCGACUGUAAUAACAACAUUACACCAGGGGUAAUUUCGUCACUCAACAUCUAUAUAUAACAAACCUUAUUCAAACACACUCCACUAAAAUACACUCAAUGGCACGCCACUCGCUCCUCCUAUUAGCAGCGGCCAUUCUCGCCGCCGCAGUGGUCGCCGCCAGCGGUUGCUCGCCAUCGGAUAGGGAGGCGCUUCUUGGCUUCCGGCAGGCGCUGAACGAGCCCUACCUCGGCCUGUUCAACUCGUGGACGGGCUCCAAGUGCUGCGUCAACUGGUACGGCGUCAGCUGCGAUGCCGCCACCGGCCGCGUCACCGACGUCAACCUCCGCGGCGAGUCGGAAGACCCAAUCUUCGAGAAAGCCGGCCGCUCUGGCUACAUGACCGGAAAACUCUCGCCGGCAAUAUGCGGCAUCGACACCCUCACCACCCUCGUCGUCGCCGACUGGAAGGACAUCUCCGGCGAAAUCCCCGCCUGCAUCACCUCCCUCUCCUCCCUCCGCAUCCUCGACCUCAUCGGAAACAAAUUUUCCGGCGAGAUCCCCUCCGAUAUAGGCAGACUCAACCGCCUCACCGUCCUCAACCUCGCCGACAACACCAUCGCCGGAAAAAUUCCACCUUCAAUCACCCAACUCACCUCACUCAAACACCUCGACCUUAGCAACAACCUUCUCACCGGCGAGAUUCCCGAGAAUUUCGGCAACCUUGCAAUGCUGAGCCGAGCGCUGCUGAACCGAAACCAAUUAACCGGUUCAAUACCGGUUUCGAUUUCCAAGAUUUACCGGCUCGCGGACUUGGACUUGUCCAUGAACCGCUUGACCGGUUCGGUUCCGUUUGAGCUCGGAAAAAUGCCGGUUCUUUCCGUGCUUAAUCUGGACAGCAACUCAUUCAAGGGUUUAAUACCCGAGAGUUUGUUGAGUAACGGGGGAAUGGGUAUUUUGAACCUCAGCAGAAAUGGGUUCGAAGGAUCCAUACCCGAUGUUUUCGGGUCACACUCGUAUUUCAUGGCUUUGGAUUUGUCUUACAACAAUUUAAAGGGUCGGGUACCCACAUCGUUGGCAUCCGCUAAGUACAUCGGGCAUUUGGAUCUCAGUCAUAACCAUCUGUGCGGAUCCAUUCCUGUCGGGGAACCCUUCGAUCACCUGGAAGCGUCAUCGUUUGGGUUCAACGACUGCUUGUGCGGAAACCCAUUGAAGACUUGCUAGUUAUUGCGGGUGACCCGAAUAAGUACCCGAUUCGAUUAUAAUGUAAUGAUGAAAGCAAGGUGUGAAUUUUGGUGUAAUAGUAAUUUUUUGUUGUUUUUAAGUGGUGUAAUAUAAUAUCGUAGUGAGAAAGAUGAAAGGGACAAAAAGAAAAGGACGACCUUGAGAUCACGUGCACUACAGAACAAGGGUUUCAAAGAAGGAAUUCGUUGUUGUUUUGCAUGUGAGCUUCUUUGCUACACAGUGUAAAAGAUAUGGAUAUUGAUUUGAUUACUGUCUA